AGAGCGAGGUAGAGGAGCAGCAGGAGGAGGAGGAAGAGGCCGAGCAGGGAGAGGAGGAGACCCCUGCAGAAGAGGAGGUGGACGGAGAGGCCCAUGAGGAGCAAGAUGGAGAGGAGGACGCAGAUGGAGAGGAAGAGGAAAAGCCCAAGUUCAAGCCUUUUGUCAUGCCUAACCUCAUCCCGCCUAAGAUCCCAGAUGGAGAGAGGGUGGAUUUUGAUGAUAUCCAUCGUAAAAGGAUGGAAAAGGACCUGACGGAGCUCCAGACUCUGAUCGAGGUUCACUUUGAGAGCAGGAAGAAGGAAGAGGAGGAGCUCAUCAGUCUCAAGGACAGGAUUGAGAAACGGCGCUCUGAACGCGCGGAGCAGCAGAGGAUCCGCAGCGAACGAGAGAAGGAACGACAAAGACGUGUGGAGGAGGAGAAGACUCGCAAGGAGGAGGAGGAGGCCAAACGGAGGGCAGAGGAUGACGCGAAGAAGAAGAAAACCCUGACCAGCCUCCAUUUUGGAGGCUACAUGCAGAAGGUGACAGAGAAGAGGAGUGGCAAGCGGCAGACUGAGAGAGAGAAGAAGAAGAAGAUUCUGAAUGAAAGACGAAAAUCGCUGGACAUCGAGAACAUGAGCCAGGAGAGACUAAAGGAGAAAGCCCGGGAGCUAUGGGAAUGGAUGCACCAGCUGGAAGCAGAGAAGUUUGAACUGCAGUACCAGUUUACCAGACAGAAAUACGAGAUAAACGUGCUGAGGAACCGUGUGAGCGACCACCAGAGAAGCUCCAAGAGGACCAAAAGAGGCCUGAGGAAAUGAUGUCGUUGACAGAGAUUACCAAUCAUCUGCCACACCCAACAGCCACGAUCCUAAAUGGCCACAUCCCAUCUGCCAACACCACCCGCCCCGCCGCCUUCGCUGCCGCCAGCAGUCAGUUACCCCCAGACCUCCUACAUCCGCUGCUCCUUCCUUCUAAAUAUCUUGUCUUUGUCCGCACUGACGUGUGAGGGAAGAUUAAAUGACCUGAAUGGCU